AUGGAAGGAGAUGAGAUAGUUAGUAGAGAAACCAUAAAACCAUUCUCUCAAACAAUUGGUGAUCACCCAAAAGGCUUCAAGCUCUGUCAGUUCGAUCAAAUGGCUCUUCCAGUUUAUAUUCCUGUUGUUCUUUUUUACAACAAAAUUGACAUCGCUGCUGAUCAGGUAAAGCAGCGGCUGAAGAAAUCAUUGUCAGAAGCCUUAACUGUCUUCUACCCUUUUGCCGGAAGAAUCGAAAGUGAUAAUACCUCCAUCAAAUUUGAUGAGGAGCAUGACUAUGGAGCCCAUUAUAUUGAAGCUCGAUUCGAUAGCCCUCUCUCAACCUUUCUUCACCAACCUGAUGUAGAAGUACUAAGACAAUUCCUCCCAAUUGAGGUUGAAUCUCCAAAAGCAACCACGACACCUCUAUUGCUUGUUCAACUUGGUUUCUUCCCAUGUGGUGGAAUGGCAAUAGGUUUGUGCAUGUCACAUAAGCUAGCAGAUUUGGUUACUCUGUGUACAUUCAUUAGGGUUUGGACAUCCAUGGCUCUUGGUCAUGCUCAUACACAACUUCCAAUUGUUGAUUUCGAAACAGCUUCGUCCCACUUUCCCCCAACAGAUCAUGCCACAGUUCCCGAGCCUCCUCCCAUGGCAUUGAAUUGGCCGGCCAAGUGUGUUACAAAAAGGUUUGUGUUUGAUGGAUUAAACAUUGCAGCUCUUAAGGCCGAAGCAGUUAGUGAAACGGUGCAGCGACCUUCGCGAGUCGAAGUCGUUUCGGCCCUCCUUUGGAGAUGUGCAAGCAGAUCAUCGCUUUCGAAGCACUCUAUAAUGGUCCAAUUUGUUAACAUAAGAAAGAGAGUUGAAUCACCCUCUUUGGAAAACACGAUGGGAAAUCUUGUGCACUACUUUGGCACAGACAUAGAAGGUAUAGAUAAAAUGGAGUUGAAAGAAGUGGUGGCUAGACUUAGGAAACGAAUCGUAGAAGCCGGUGAUAAUUUGACGAAAGCACUUGGAAUGGGUACGCCAUUGGAAAUGAUUGAUGAUGAGUACAAGAAAGAGAUGAGAAACAAAUAUGGAUCAAAACUGCUAGAUAUAAAGUUGUAUCUUUGCAGCAGUUGGUGCAAUCUUCGUUUAUAUGAUCAUGCUGAUUUUGGUUGGGGAAAGCCAAUCUAUUUGUUUACUGCUGGAAGUUCCAAAAAAAACUUUUUCAGGUUGAUGGACACUAAAGAUGGUGAUGGGGUUGAGGCUUGGGUGAGCCUGAGUGAAGAUGAAAUGGCAUUGUUAGAACGUGACCCUGAGCUUCUCAAAUUUGCAUCUUUCAAUCCAAGUGCUUUAGAGUCCUAA